AUGGACUUUCCUGGAAGCGCAACCACCAAUAUACAUGUUAUAGAUGGCUUCUCCACGAUAUACUGGAGAAUAUACACGGGAGAGCAACUCGUUGCCAAUCAUCCCCAGGACGGUCCGGCCAGUGGCUACACCAUCCUCAAACAUUUGGCUCAUCUGAAGGACCUGGAGGCUCGAUUAAGAAUCUUAAAUUGUUUAGCUUCCUGUCCCAGGCGCCUCGGACUAUGGGUGUUCUCACCAACCCCCGGGUUCGAGAGCCUAAACUCGUUGUAUGUCAAAGAAGGCGAAACAGAAACCUCAAAAAUUCUUGUGGAUGCGACGACUCUCAAAGUCUCGGCAUCGGGCAGUGUUACCUCCCAGGAAUUGAUCAAAAGUCUUUCUGCUGAGUCUCAAAAUCCCACUGGGGCUCAGUCAUUUACGCAGCAGCGGUCACAGCCAGCUCAAAAUCCGACCCGACGACCAGAAGGCUAUAGCAGCUCUGCCGCCAUCUACGCUUCUUUUGUGUCGGCCGUUACCGGCGCCAUUAGCCUUCACUUGAUCCGAGUCCAUGGUGCAUUACCGCUCGGUUCACGUACGCUGUUCACUGCGGUGAACAGGCCGGGAUACGAAAGCCCUCGAAUCGACAAUGAAAGCGUGCUUUCCCAAUCAUGCCUUACCUCGCUGAAUGUCCAGUUGAAUGCCUCUGGAACAUUGACGAUAUCACCACUAACCAUCUCCCAGCCUGGGAUCACAAGGCUGUGUAGCCCCCUGGAUGACAUUUCCAAUAUUUUUCGGGUACAACCAGGAUCUGAUCUUUGGCUUUCUCCGAACGGUGCUAUUGCAAGGCUUGUGACCGCGAAUAUUGAAUCCCCUUCUAUUCCGUCACCAGGUACUUCAGCUUCUGGAAACAACGUUGCAAGGCGACGGCAGUGGAAACUUGACGUGGUACAGUGGUUGGCCAACUUCGGUCUUCUUAUCGACUCAAUUGACGAGGAACCCUGGGUGGAGGUAGAGGUCUGGGAGCCCUUUUUUGCGAAAUUAGCAGGAGAGGCAUGGCGCCAAACUGAUGAGGCUCAGUCGGGGAUUCCUCUGAAACGUAUGCUGUGGCCCGCGCGGUUCUGCUUCAAGAGGACCGGUCGAUCAAUACGAUCAUCCUGGCCGUCUAAGACGUCCGAUGAUCCAUUGGAGUUUGCAGAGCGGUGGUUUGCGGAUGCUAGUUCCCUCAAACUCAGUCAAGAUCUUGAGAAUAUCCCCACCUUGGAAACGCCACAAGCCAAAGACCACGACAUGACAUCUCCCACAAUCGACCAUAUGGAGAACACGGAGAGCCUUGCCCGGAUAGCGCAAUACCCGGAUUUGCAGGCUACCAAUCUGGUUUAUCCAACUCCACCCGACGGCGCUGUCAAUGUGGGUAUAAAUAUUGCGAAUGCGUCUGAGGCUUCUCCCGGGGAUACCGGCUUCAAUCUAUCACCAACUGCGGCACAAGAAGCGAAAAACUCGUCUAAUGUUGAAUUUUCGCCAAAUGUCGAGGUUGGUACCGGCCGGUACGACGCAAGUGACGAUGAAGAUCUCUUUGGUGACAUGAACGACAAGGAUUUCGAAACCAAAGGAAUUACCGAUGCCGAUUUCAGCUUCUUUGAUGACCCAGCCUUCGAUGAUAUGGACGAGGGUGCUCCGAAUGACGAAAUGGCUGCAGAGAUGCCAUCAGACAUGAAAGACUCGGAGGGAAACGAGAGGAAUGGAGAUGUUCACCAACAACCACCUGUCGAUGAUGACCUCGAUGCUCCUCAACCCGCCAAAACCACCGAAAAUGAUGUGGAACCACCCAAAAUUGAACAAAUAGGCCCGGUUGAUGAGGCAACGGGCUCAGACCAACCCAUGUCAUCUCCUCAAGAGCCCAAGUCUCAAACAAUCAGCCCUCCUUUGAGUCCUGUGGAAAUCAAGAAAAUCUUGUUUUCUGGGUCACAAGAAGAAGAAUCUAAGCAAUCCAACGAUACCCGCUCCCAGCAAGGCCACUAUCAACCUGUUGCCUUCGAAAAAAAAAUUGGGGACUGGGAUCAGAAGUAUGGAGCAGCAGGAAAGUUUUGGUUCUCUACCGGAAUCUCCCUGAAUACGAUAGAUCGCGGCUCGAACACUAUCCCCACUGUCGGUAUUCCUCACCGUGGAAGAGGCGGAGGGCUUCAAACCAAGCCAGCAGCUCAAAGCACGCUCUCAUCUUUGGAGAACCACUCUCGAUCGUCCUCCGUCUCUAGCAGCACAAGCAGUGACUUCAGCGAUGAGGCACCAAUAACAAACGCUCCGACGCCAGUCGCAACGGUCAUUCCAUCCCUUAAAAGGAAACGUAUUCCCUCAGAGUCUGAUGUUCAAUCCGUUGCAUCGCCAGCCAAAUCUUCUGGUGCGCCUGAGGGUACAAUAGGUUCGAAAGCUGAGAACACUACCUUUCUCGGUAAUUUUCUGGCCAAUUUCUCUGAUUGGGUUUUCAUUGGCUAUUUUUCUGCGAUACAAAUCCAACAAUCGCCAGUUCUCCUGCGACGUGAAGAUCAGAUUCCGAUCGCUCAACUACUUGUUGACCAAAUUACACAGUCGUCGUUAGACUAUGUACUAGGAGACAGGGUUGGUUUAUGUGAUCUUGAAAGUGAGAAUCUUACAUUGCGAGCAUGCCUCGAAGAUGCCAACUUCUUGGGCGACAUCGCAAAGCUCGAUCUCAAAGGAUAUACUUCAUUGCAAGAGAAUUUAUCUGCUGCAACUGGGCUGCAAUCUUCCAAGGACUCUGGUAAGAGCUCAAUCUCAAAGUCGGUCGCCCCUCACGUCCGUAUUCGUCGGGGCAAAGACUAUCUUGAGGCGCUUCCAACAUCGAUUGCCUUCUGGGAGACAUUCGACCUUCAGCCGGCCUGUGGUUCAAAGGAUAUCUCGGCAUACUGCAUCCAUCCGACUGCUGCAGCAAAGGCAGCAGAUGAGUUCAUGAAUCGCUUUGGUCUUCUUUACCAAAGUUGCAACUUUGGGAGUCAUGUUCGAGGCAAUCAAUCCACAGCAUUCGUGGAUGGCCUGAGAACUUGGGACUCGGAAAACUCGAACUACAACUAUAUGAUGCAAUCCCUUAAGGUUCUAUGUCAAGACUUAGGAACUGAGCUUGCACAAGCACCGCCGAGCGGCGAUAAUUGUGUGGUCUAUAUUGUCAAUCCUUUCCCGCAUGCAGCAGCCCUUGUUGAUAUCUGCACGGCAUUCUGGUACCUCUUCCAACAAUUGGCUGCAGACGCCGACCGAGGACAAGCCCAGCCAAUCAAUGAUGUUGUUUUGCAGAUCAUUCCUUUGGAGUUCAUUCUGUCAGAGGACUCCAUAGUUGUGCCAAAGCAGACUGAUUACUUGAGUCUGGCAUUUGAGGUAUACAGUCGCUGUCGUCCCAAAGAUGCCGAUUCCGCUUUUCAGUGUGCUCCUCCUGUUAUCCUUGCACACUCUCUCCCAAAGAGCAUUAGCUUUCGACUUGUGCCUGAGAGAGCAUCACCAUUGCAAGAUGGCAGAAGACUGCAUCUAGCCCUCUCCAAAAGUUUAGACCAGAGAUGGGUGUCAGCUGCGUGGUCUGAUGGAACUGGUACCUUACAGAUGGUCGUGUCAUAUUGCCUCAAAUAUCGCGGCAAGUGUGUGCCCAGGUCAUCUGCCGAGGUCCGCAAUGAAAUCUGGAAUACGACAAAGAGCAUCAUGGAGAAGGCUCAAGCCCGUUGGAAGCUCAUCCUGGCCAAUACGGAACCAAUGGAACCAGAUGAUGUAGAAGGAUGGACCAGCCUAGCCGAGCAACAGAACAAGGCCCGUUCUGGUUCUUUAGAGCUCACUAUUGUGACGGUUAGCACCAUGUCAGAUUUGGCACUUGAACCUACCGUCUCGCCCAUGACGACCAGCGUCCUCAACCACCAUUUUACAUCGACUCCCGUCUCCACCCCCAAUCCGAGCGUUAGCAUCGCAUCUCCUGAACAAUCAGGCAACGCACCUACUCCGGGUGCAACCUACAAUGCCCCAACCCCAACCGAGCCUUCCCUGGAACCGGAUUCCGACGUCGUUCUCUCAGACAUGUCCGAUGAGUCCUGGACCGUCAUCUUAUCUCACCGUCUCAACAACUCACCCCACGUCACCGACUUCCGCCCCGCACUGGUCAGCGGGUAUCUUUUGCGCCGCAAGGGCACCAUCGAUGGGGACGGCGUUUACGCAAUGACAGUCAACCUAGUCUACACGCCACGGGCACCGCCCUCCCACGAAUCCAUCCUACGAGACAUUCUCGGAAUGUACCGGGAUCUAUCUACGCUUGCCCGAGUAAGAGGUCUGCGCAGUGUACAAAGCAACACCCUCCCAUGGCAUGUUGCCACCGCUCUGCGAGCACAGGAGCUGCUGAGCUAUGUUUUGUAA